AAUUGUGGAACCAACUGGUGGCUAUCUCUUAAUGGACGUCUUUAGAUAGAACAACGUUAUAUAAGACCACUGAGCUUGGUCAGAGUAGUUGGCCCAGCGACUCAACAAUGAUCCGCUACGCCAGUUUCGCCCUGUUGGUCUUGACUGUGUGGGGUGAUUCCACACCCUUCCCCCAGGCCGACUACCAGAAACAGAUUGAUGAGUUCUAUGUACAGAUGGACAAGAUCCUGCGUCAGCUGAUGAUGCAGCAGACGUUUGUAGAGGAAAGAAUCCGAUCUGAUGGACAGUCCGGUAUCAAACAGAUCAGACAAUACCACGACGGCACAAGACCCUAUUAUUCCGAGACACACACGUACAGGGGAGCUUCAGCUGCUCACGACCAUUCUAACUACGACAGCACCGUUGGAAUGGGAGAAGUAAACAUGGUCAUGAACGGCAUUGACUUCAGAACGAGGCACAACGACUACAAACUACGUAGACCCGCCACGAAUGGUACAACGUAUCUGCUUUCUGAGGACGUUCCGUUCCCAGAAGUACCUAAGGAAGUGACGUCAAAGAAAACACUCGUUGAACAGGUGGCGGAAAUGAGAGAAUGGUACCGAGCCUGGAAAGAUCAAGACCACAGCGUCCGAGACUACAGGAAGUACUUCAAACCCCUCCUGUGUUACAUGGAAGGAUCCUGGACCCUUGACACUAAUCACUUCAGAGAGCCGUUCCACAGCGAACGACACGCCAUCGACGCCACCAGCUGGCAUGACCUUCAGGAUAAGAUCAGGUUCACGUCCUACUCCGGCACAAAGAACGUCAUGGAGAACUUCGCCUUCCUCCCAACCAAAAUCUUGGAUGUGAAAGAUGGCAAGCCCGAGUUCGCCCAGUGGAACUACCGUAUCCUGUGCCAUCCACUGAAGAACGACCUUCCCUUGAAGAACAUCCAUCUUCAAGAUGACCUCUCUGUGAGAUUUGCUCAUGGUCAGAGCAUGGAGCAGUUCUAUCUGGACCGAUCAGCAAGAUUUGCUAUAUACGACGACAGGAAUGAUACCUACACUCUCAUGGACGAAUUGAUGAGCGAAAUUCCCGGCAAAGAUAAUUACUAUGCCCAUCUGACGGAGGACGUCUUCGGUGAGACCCUGUACGAUGCCUCAAAGCCAGGCAACGUACCCCUUAACACGGCUUAUUACCACCGGUGGUACAAGGUGGGGAAACCUGGAUCGAAACAAGAGGUGGCGCACCGUGGAUUCUCGGACAGGAACCUGUGGGUGGCGCAGACCAGUCAACCAAUGAUAGCCCCCAUGACCGUGAAACAGUGUAGACAGGACCCAGUCAAUAACAAGCAGGCGUGCCAGUCUUGGACUCGCCGUUACUCCUACGCCCUUCCCUUAGAAAUCAUCUGGAGUACCCCCAUGUUCAGCUGGAACCCAUUCAACCUGAAGUUCUGGCCAAAGGGAAAACAGCAAAAAGAUCCACUAAGGGUGGGAGGCUUCACGAAGGAAACGGCAUACAAUGGCACAAGCGGCGUUAACUUCUACCACACACCAUCUCAGAUGUUCACAGGCACAGAAGUGUCAUCAGAUCCUGCCGACACCACCAAGUCGAAUGUUGGGAUACUGGACGAACAAGGGAAUCUCCAUCACACGGCCGCAUCGGGAACUAGGAUCGUUCUUCCCAAUAUCCCGGGGAUAGGGAGACUCAGGAUGCGGUACCACGUCGUCCCCGUCCAUGGGGAGGGGUCUGGCGUCUGGAAGGAACUUGACGCUCUCAAGGACAUGAUGAUGGACAUCGAGAAGUACAAAGGACUGUUUGAUAACCCCCGCCCUCAAGGACACUGGUACCGUUGCCAAACCCGUUGAUACCACGCUACACCUGAGAACCGGCGUGGCAACAAAGAACCCACCAGGUCCACACGUCCAUGAUCUCUUCUUGUCCCACGACGUUCAGGACAGUCUGAAAAAAGGUGAACACAAGACGAUGUUCACAGGUGAAGCGCUCGGUCACACCCACCAGGUGGUGAUAGCCUACAAAGACGACUACAGCAUCCUACAGUGUGACGGACUGACCCAAUGCUGGGACGGCCAUCCUUCCACUUUGUACCCUGUUAAAAUGGACUAACGUCCUCUUAAAGUUCUGAAUAAAGUGCAUGCAAA